AACGCUCACACGAGCACGCGCUGGGAAUCGUCGUGCGCGCGCUUGGUAAACCGUCAAGAAAAGGAAACGAGUCUUCCUGUGGUAGUUUGUAUGAGCUGACUGGACUGAACCUGGUAAUCAUGACAGCCUCACCUAGACAGAGUUAUUCCACAGGCUGAGUUAGUUCCAGAGAAACCAAAGAGAUCUGCUCUUAACCAGCUUACCAGGUUACUGCUUCGCAAAUAUAACUCUGGAGUCCGGCCUGUCCAGAACUGGACCAAACCAACAACCGUUUACAUUGACCUUAUAAUCCAAUCCGUCCUAGAUGUGGAUGGACAGAUGCAGAAAGUGACCACCAGCAUUUGGUAUCGCCAAAUAUGGAACGAUGAGUUUCUUGUUUGGGAUCCUGAAGAGUUUGAUGGAAUCACUGAAAUUUCGCUGUCCUCGGAUGCCAUCUGGGUGCCUGAUGUCAUCAUAAACGAAUUUGUCGAUGUUGGCAAAUCCCCAGUCAUCCCAUAUGUUUAUGUCAACUGCUCGGGAACAGUAAAAAACUACAAACCCAUCCAGGUGGUCUCAGCCUGUCACCUGGAGAUUUAUGCCUUUCCCUUUGACAAGCAGAACUGCACUCUGACCUUUCGCAGCUGGCUCCACUCAGUGAACGAAGUGGAUUUAGCUCUAUGGAGGCCUGCUGAGGAAAUCACCAAUGACACACGAGAGUUCAUGAAUGAUGGUGAAUGGGAGCUGCUGUCUGUCCCUUCUCACUACUGGACACUGAAUCUAGAGAACAGAGACUACGCACAGAUUCAGUUUAAUGUGCUGAUCCGCAGACGCCCCCUACUGUACGUGGUAAGUCUUCUCAUCCCCAGCAUCUUCUUCAUGGUGGUGGAUGUCACAAGCUUCUAUCUGCCUCCAAACAGUGGCACUCGCAUCACUUUCAAGACUAGCAUUCUCUUGGGCUACACUGUAAUCAGAGUCAAUCUGAUGGAUGAAAUCCCUGCUACGGCUAUUAAAACACCCCUCAUUGGGGCCUUCUUCGCUGUCUGCAUGGCGCUGCUGGUGCUGAGUUUGGCAAUGUCCAUUUUCGUAGUGAAGCUUUUGCAUUACAGUGAGAAAGAAGUCAAGGAGAUGUCCAUAUCAGCCUGCUUACUCGACAAAUACGGCUCAAUGGAUCAGAGCUUUAUUGAAAGUGCUUUUACCUCGAUGAAGACACUGGAUGAUAUGGAGCAGUCUGGGGGUUAUGAGUUUGAUCUUUCUCCGGAGCCAGAUCUGUUCUCCCUGACAGAAGUCUCAAACAAUGACUCUCCACUGGAGAAAAUCCUGCAGGAGGUGAUGUCUCUCAGACUGUACCUUCAGGAGGAGGACAAUGAGGGAAAUUCACAGUCUUACUGGGUGGAACUGUGCCUGAAAGUGGACAAGCUCCUAUUCUGCGUGUACUUGCUACUUUUGUUCGUCUAUGUCAUGACUCUACUGCUGCUCUGGGGUGCCUGGAGCUCUGCCUGAAAGUUUAAAGCAGGUGGAAGGGAAUACAAGUGUUGGAAUGAGGAGAGAAAUACAAAAAUGGAUGUAGAGGAAAUGGAGAAAGUUAAAACAAAGUGACAGAUGUCACAACUGCAGUUUUCACCUUUUUCUUCAUGUAAGAGUGGGCGUGGCCAUUUGUAAAUUUUAUGGGUUUGGCUUCCAGUCUCACAUCCAGCUAUAUUUAGCUGUACAAAACAGCUCGUUUUGCUGCUUGAUAUUGCAAAUUGGUGUCUUAUCAUAUUAUUUUAAUGUGUUAUCUUAAUUAUGAACACACUGGCUUGUAGCGCAAACAGUUUUACGACUUACUGCAUGUAGUUAUUCUUAUUUCCCUAUAGUGGCUAAUGAACGGGAAGUCCUGCCCAUUGGCUUACUUUCACGUUGAAGAAAACAUUGCAUAAAACAAUUACAUUUGAUACCUUUUUGUAUUGUAAAACAUGGUUAAUACUUUCUUUCAGUAUUGUAAAAAUCGUAAUGACUAGCUGCAAGCAAGUUGUCUUCAUGUUGAAUGUGAUUGAUUGGCAUAAUAAAGAAAAAUAAA